GCAACCUCAAAUCUCUCUCUCUCUCUCUCUCUCUCUCUCUCUCUCACAUACACACACGUAUACACAAACGUAUAGUCAUGGCAAAGGUAUACCCUAAUGCUGUUGUUCCUCAAACUCAUCAACCGAUCUCUGUAGCCAGCAAUGGUCCCCUCGUCCUCACAGUUUGGAAGAAAUCUCUACUCUUCAAUUGCUACGGCUUCACCGUAUUCCAUCCCAAUGGCGAUCUCGUCUUUCGAGUCGAUAACUACACCGCCGGAACCAAAGCCGAGAUCGUCCUAAUGGACGCAUCCGGUCAUUCACUUCUCACCAUCCGCCGCAAGAGGUUAAGUUUACUGGACAAUUGGGUCGUCUACGACGGAGAUACAACUUCGAAUCCGCUGUUCACGGUGACGAAAAACGUGAGUCUUUUAAACACGAAGUCGUUGGCUCACGUGAGCAGCACGGGAUCCAAAACGAAGAGGGUUCUCUACGAGAUUGAAGGAUCGUACACGCAGAGGUGUUGUUCUGUUUACGAUGAUAAGCGGCAGUGUGUGGCGGAGAUUAAGCGGAAAGAGGCUGUGGGAGGUGUGACGUUUGGUGGAGAUGUGUUUCGUUUGUUUGUGCAGCCGGAGAUUGAUCCGACGGUUGCAAUGGCGCUUGUUGUUGUUUUGGAUCAGAUGUUCAUGUAGACGGUUUGCUACGUGAUAACUCAUUUUAGAGAAUAAAAGUUUAGUGAAAACAAGAUCCGGUUUCAAUCAAUCGGAUCUUCUAACAAGUUUUUGAUGCUUCGGACGGGUUUGAAGCAUGGUGUUUUGUGAAAUUUAAGGCUUGAUUUUUUCGUUUUAUAUAAAAAAUCAAGCUUAAAUGGGAGUGUUUGUGUAUCACUUCACCAACUAUGUGUAAUGAAAAGUUUGAUGUUGUAAAUAUGAAUUCGGUUUACUUUUUUCUUUUUUUUUAUAACGUUUGUUGUUGCGAGUGAUUUCUUUAA